CUUCCUGGUCAGGCUGCCGCUGGUCCUCCGCCCACAGCACUGAUUACUGUGUUGGGUGGAGAAACACGGUCAGUUUGUCCCCUAAAACCCCCACAUUUGGAUUAACUGUCGGGACAGAGGACAGAGACAGACCCAGGGAGUGUCGCAGAGGAGUCUGGUCCGGUCUGGAGCGGCUCAGGAGCGGAUUUCAUCCGGUUUCCAACGGGCUCGGACCGCUCAGAAAGAGAGAAGGAGGGGAAAGUUUGCUUCUUCGUCUUUGGUUUCACGCUCAGGCGUCGGCCAUGUUCAGGUAGAGACACGACUCAGUGGCACCCACCAUGCUGAAGCGUCUGGACAGGAUCCGAUUCCGGGGCCAGAGACGGGAUGAGUUCCUGGAUUUGGCCGAGUCGCCCAACACGUCCGACACUGAGUGCAGCGAGGAGGUGUUGAUGAAACCUCGCUUGUCCAUGAGAGAGUCGGAGGAGCUGAGGGAGGUUGAGGAAGAGCAGCAGGGUGACGCUCAGGCUGGGCCAGGAUCCUUUUCUGCAGCUCUCCAAGAUGACUCAAGGACAGAUUUAAAUGAGGUCAAAGGUCACUUAGAAAUCGCCUUGUUAGAGAAACACUUCUUACAGGAGGAGCUGAGGAAACUUAAAGAGGAGUCCAAUGUGGAUUCAUUGAGACAGGAGCUGGAGAAGGAGCGCUGCAGACGCACCGAGUUGGAGCAGAAGAUGAAUGAUGCACUGAGAUCCAGACUUGAAGACUCACCUUCUCAGACACCUAAAGUGCAGCCCCCUCCUCCACCUGCAGGCGGCAGCACUGACAAACAGAAGGACACUCUGUCCAACAGCUUCCUGAAAUGGCUUUACGAUCGAUUUGGUGUUUAUAUCGAAGAUUUCCGCUUUCAACCGGAGGAGACGACGGUGGAGACGGAGGAGCCGCUAAGUGCCAAGAGACUGACUGAAAACAUGAGACGACUCAAACGAGGGUUCAGACCUGUGACCAACUUCAUGAGGAACCUCUCUGCCUUAUCCAGCUGGUACUCCGUCUACACGUCGGCCAUCGCCUUCAUUGUGUACAUGUAUGCCGCGUGGCACGGCUGGGCCAUACCCAUGUUCCUGUUCCUCGCCAUCCUCCGGCUCUCCUUGAAUUACCUCAUUGCCAGGGGCUGGAGGAUCCAGUGGAGCAUCGUGCCCGAAGUCUCGGAGCCAGUGGAGCCUCCGAAAGAAGACCUGACGGUGUCUGAGAAGUUCCAGCUGGUUCUGGAUGUCGCUCAGAAAGCUCAGAAUCUGUUUGGGAGGAUGGCCAACAUUCUGGAGAAAAUAAAGAAUCUGUUCAUGUGGGUUCAGCCAGAGUUGACACAGAAGCUGUACGUUGGUCUGUGGGUGGCCUUCAUCUCCUCGUGCCUGCUGCCGUUCAAACUGCUGGGAUUCAUCAUAGGUGUGUAUGCAGGUAUCAAAUUUUUCAUCAUCGACUUCAUCUUUAAGAGUUGUCCCAAGCUGAGGCAGCGCUAUGACACCCCCUACAUCAUCUGGACCAACUUACCCACCGACCUGCAGCUGAAGGAGCGCAGUAGCACCAUGCUGAGCAGACGGGUUCCCACAGCAGGGGGUCGAGGCAGCGUUACUGCAGCAGCUCCUCUGGGCGUCAGCCGGGACGAGGAUGGAGGACGAUAUUACAGCACCAAGAGAGGAGCUUUUCAUGAGGUGUUCAACCUGCCGGAGAGUGAGCGUCCUCUGACAGUGUGUGAGAACGGCUGGCGCUGCUGCCUCAUCAACAGAGACAGGAGGACACCGACAGACUACAUCCGCAACGGAGUCCUCUACGUCACCGAGAAUUACCUGUGUUUUGAGAGCUCCAGCUCCAGGUCAGGAUCCUCAAAGAGGAACAAAGUCAUCAAACUGCUCGACAUCACCGACAUCCAGAAGUACAAAGUUUUGUCAGUGCUGCCAGGAUCUGGGAUGGGUAUCUCCAUAGCAACACCGUCAACCCAAAAGCCGAUGGUAUUUGGUGCGAUGAUGCACAGAGACGAGGCCUUUGACGCCAUCUUCACUCAGUACAUGAAGAUUGUUACCAUGGCUACAGCCACCAACCCAGAGACAUAGUAACAGCUUCAGCAGGCGGCAGCCUUAACACAAACACCAGAACUGCUACACUUCAUUCACCGAUGACAUCUUCAAAAGGCGACUGACUUCAGUAUGAGCUGCUGGUAUCCUGAUAGUAAAUCAGCUGAUUCCGUCCAAUCACUGAUGUCAUGUCAGAGUCAGCCAAUCCAAAACCGAUCACUGUUCCUGAACUUUUUUACAGAAAACUGGACAUUAUGCCCGAGUAUUAGUUCACAUCAGUUCACAAAUAUAAGCUGGUGGACAAACAACGGCCUGAACAAGCAAAAUAAGUAGUUUACUAUCCAGUCACAUGCUGUUCGUUUGAUGUUAAUAUAACGUUGCAUUUUCUGUGCAAAUAUUGUCUGAAAUUAAAAGCCUGUCAGCAGCUCAUGUUGGCUUUGAAUCUGAAAAAUCUGCAAAAACAUAAAAUAAAUACAGUUGUUUUUUUGGGUUUUUUUCCCCCCUUUUGUCAAGCAGAAAACAAAUUCCCACUGAGGUAUUUUACACCAGAAAGUUUACUGCAUAGUGUGUUUACUGAAAUGCUUACCUGGCUAGUCAGAAAUUUGAUAAUAGAUCAGUUUAAUUUAGGUCACUUAUCAAACAAAAACUGAAAUCAUUAUCUGCCUGCAGCUUUACCAAUAUGAGGAUUUGUUACUUUUCUCUGUUUUGUAUAUCACUGUAAACUGAAUAUCUUUAGGGUUUGGAACUAUUAAUCGCACAAAAAUGACACUUGAAGAUGUGAUCUUGCACAGUGAGAAACUGGAAUGGACAUUUUUCACUAUUCUCUGAUGCUUUAUAGAUGAAAUAAUUGAACAAUUCAUUGCAUUUGAACUGUUUACUCUGCAUGCACACUUCAGAGGUGCAAACAGAAGCCCAGUACUUUGCACAAUAAACUAUGAUGCAUGUCUGCAUUGUUCGAGGCAGCCACAGGUAUUACUUCAUAGCCCUCAUGCAGACAGUCAGCCUAAAAGCUGAGCCUAAAAUAAUCAUAAUUUAGGGACAUUUUACAUGUUUUUUUGUUAUUAUUUACAACAACAUAAGAGACCAGAUGAAAGACCACACAACGCUUAAAUAGAGAUUUGUCUUGCUGUCAAAUGUGUAAAAGGAAUGACCACAUGAGAGUAUCAAAAAGAGUUUACAAUACAUUGUAAAGUAAGGGUGAAACCAUAAUUUUAUUAUUGAUCUAACAUUUCUGUUUUGCCAAUAUUUUCUCUUUUAGCUGUGUAGUAUAAAACAAAAGUAUAUAUAAAAAAAAGAAGUGAGAAAUGUCCAUCAGAUGUCUUGUUUAUAGUUUAAAACACCAAAUUAUUCAAACCAGAACGGCAGAAAAGCAACAUUUUCUCAUUAUGAAGAAUCUGGAAGUUUUUGAACUGUUCCUUUUUGAUACCAGGAAAUCCAAAUAACAUGGCAAUCCAGGCAGAUCUUUGAUUAAAUAUUACACUACUAGUAGAUGAACAUAUUUAAACCUCAUUAAUGUACGUUAGUGUCUUCAGGGAAUUGUAAAUCUUCAUUAUAUGACUCUGUAUUGUAUUACUGCAGGUACGCCUUACAACCAGUUCAUGUUACAGUGUAUUUUGUAUGUGAUGGUCUCAAGUGUUUGUAUUCUAUAUGAAUGUUUAACAACUAUUGUCUGUGAGACAUUUAAUUCAGUGGAAACCACAUAUUUCAGCUCAUCUUUUAUCUUUUUUUUUUUUCUCAGCUGAAAACUAAGCAUUGUAGUUAAUGACAGAUAUGAACUGUAAAUCUUUUUUGACUUUUUGUCUUAUCUGUUUAUGCUUUCUCGUUAGUGUUCUACUACAAUCAAUAACCCACGAAACUAAAACUAAAAGUCAAUAACAAGCUACAUAUACUGUAAAACUAUGGAAUGCAGCAAACAGUCGGAAAUGCAAAUUUUUUCUAAUUAAUUUUGCUUUUCUGUAACUGUAGUUUUCUUUCAGAAUAUGCCAAGAGACAGUUUUCAUAUUUCUUUCUUUCUUUCUUUCUUUCUUUCUUUUUUUUUUUUUUAAAAAAAGCUAUUAACUAAAACUAAACAGAAGACAAACAAAAUACAGUUUAGGUUUUAUUUAUUCACGGUGUAUUCACUUCAUCCUAGAGGUGUCAUGGAAUAAGAAUAAAACACAAAAAUACUCAUUGUUGCUCUCUGUGAGGUGGGUACUUCUUUUAAAUAAGUGCUGGGUGCUGAGCAACAUUUUUUUUGCCCUCUUGAUGUCCUUGUUGAGUAGCAAUCUUCUCAUCUUUUAUUUGAUGUCACAAAUUAGCCAAAUAAUUUUUUUCCCCUCCAUGCUGAACAUCACCCUUUAUAAGUCAAAAAUAAUAAAUGAAUACUGUUUGUUGGCCAGCUAUACAGCUUUGUCAACUUUUAAAUGGCACUUCCGCUCUUGUGUUUUCUGUUCCUCAGUGGAACAUGUAUCUGAAGUCAGCCACACCAGCAUUUAUCACUUUUAUUUCCCAUCAGAUUCCUUUGAUUUCAUUGACUGAUUACAAGUGUGACCUUUUGAUACUGAUAUUUAACCAUCCAAAGUGUAGCAAGUUGUCCUUUUAGUAAAAUCAGCUUAAUCACAGAGCUAAAGUAGGUAAUUGUUUUUUCACAUAUAUAAUUGAACAUGACGUACACUGUUUGAAUCAGUCGUUCUCUAUGAUAAGCACCUGUUAGAGCUCUGUCAUUGCCAAAUCAUUUCCUCUUUUGUAGUUUUUCCUUUUUGUUUCUUUUUAAAAGGUUUUUACUGUUUUCAUUUUUGCAAAAUUGAUACCAGUUGCUAAUGCCGUGUUGCCUCAUUUAGCUGUUUUUUUGUGUGUUUUCUGUACUGUUGUCUUUGCUUUAUGCCCCUCAUUUUGUUUGUGGUUUCUCAGGUUUCAUUUUUGUGUUAUCACAUUGCUAUGAACAUUUCUCCGCCGACUUGUCGUGUCUUUUGGGUGUGAGGGUUUUAUUAAAUGGUGUAAUUGUACAAAUAGGUGUAAACUUUUUAAAUGAUACUGUUUCUGUUGUUAAAAUGUGAUGUAGAUUCUUUUUUUUUUUCUUUUUUAAAAAAAUUUAAGUGAAAUCAAAUAUCCUGUGCUAAUAGUAUGUUGUUGUGUCUGUGCCGUGCACACUUUAGCCUGUUGGUGUCAACAUCUUGAUGAUUUUAUGUGUGUGUAAAAGGUUAAAGACUGGACUAUGAGCCACAUAUUUAAUAUAAACACAAAAUGUAUGUUUAUUGUAAUUGUUUCUUUAAUCGUAGUCUUGCAUAGCCAGACCUAUUUCCACAGCAGCUGGAGAAUGGUCUGGCUGCAUCUCCUUGUCUUUCUGCUGUGUUGGAAAGAAUGAUCUGACUUGUAUUUACAAAUCAAUCUUCUGCAGAGCAAAAUCACGGAUGCAGCUUCAGUAACCCCACAACACACUGACAGAGGAAUUGUUUUGUUGCAACAUUUACACGUGGUGAGAUAGUGCUGUCGGUACAAUGACUAAUUCACUUAAAGAACCAAGCGGGCCUCCCUUAUUGCACAAUCCAAACCGUCCUCCAAACAUGUCAUUUUUAGCAUGCAGGUUGUUUCUCAGAGAUUGUUGUGGUUUCCUUUUGUGAAGAGAAUUUUGAAGAUGGUUACAGUGCCUAUAAAAAGUAUUCAGUUACUUGAAAAUGUUCUUGCAUCCAUCCACUGACUUGUGCUUUUCAAUUUCCUGUUCACUGAGUUACUUGGAGUAUUCUUUUGUCUUCGUUGUGUAGUUUUAUCCAGGAGUACUGACUCACCAGUGACUGGACCUGCCAGAUACAGUUGUCUUUAUUUCCAUUUAACUAAUUGUGGGAUCUCAAGCUCCUAUUGGCUGCAUCCAUGUUGAAUUAGGUGAGUCACUUGAAGGGACAAAUAUGCCAUUUUUGCCUAACAGCCUACACUGAAUUGCAUAGAUGUACUUUCUGAAGUGCUCUGUCAAACCAUUACUGCUUUCUUUAGAAUACUGUAGAACAAAUUUCAAACCACCUUUUUCCUAGGUUUAAGGAUUUAUUAUACAAUAUAAUCAUGUAUACAGUUAUUUCUUUAUCGCAACUGCAAAUAAAUGUUUGUGAUAACAGCA